AUGGAGCUGUGGAAGCAAUGUGCCCAAUGGCUCAUCCAGUGCCGGGUGCUGCCCCCCAACCACCGAGUGACCUGGGAGGGGGCCCAGGUCUGCGACUUGGCCCAGGCCCUGCGCGAUGGCGUCCUCCUCUGCCAGCUCCUCAACAACCUCAUGCCCCACGCCGUCAACUUGCGGGAAAUCAAUUUACGCCCUCAGAUGUCCCAGUUCCUGUGCCUCAAGAACAUCCGGACGUUCCUGGCCACCUGUUCCGAGAAGUUCGGACUGCGCAAGAGCGAGCUCUUCGAGGUCUUUGACUUGUUUGACGUGCAGGAUUUUGGAAAGGUGAUCGAUGCUUUAUCAAUACUCUCCUGGACACAAGUCGCCCAGAGCAAGGGCUUUGUGCCGUUCCCUACUGAGGAGAGCAUUGCUGAUGAGGAGAUAUAUAGCGGCUUAUCAGAUCAGAUUGACGAUACCAUGGACGAGGAUGAUGAUCUCUACGAUUGUGUGGAGAAUGAGGAGGCGGAAGGGGAUGAGAUCUACGAGCACCUGAUGAGGUCAGAGCCCUGCCUCAUGCAGCAGAAGAUGACUGAACUGGAUAAGCGGAAAUGCUGCCUUCAGGAAAUCCAGCAGACAGAGGAGAAAUACACAAGCACACUGGAGUCCAUUUACCAGCAUUUCAUGAGACCUCUGCAGCAGUUCUUGAGGCCGCAGGACCUGGAGAAUGUUUUUAUUAAUGUUGAGGAACUCCUGAAGAUUCAUCGGUGCUUCCUGGUGGAUCUGAAGAACGCUUUGUCUUUUACCAACUCCCAGAACCUCUAUCAGGUGUUCAUCAAGUACAAGGAGAAGUUCUUGCUGUAUGGCCGGUACUGCAGCCAGGUGGAAGCUGCCACGAAGCACCUCGACCAGGUGACCAGUGCCAGUGUGGACGUGCGCAUGAAGCUGGAGGAAUGUUCCCAACGAGCCAACAAUGGACGCUUCAGCCUGCGCGACCUCCUGAUGGUGCCCAUGCAGCGGGUGCUGAAGUACCAUUUGCUGCUGCAGGAGCUGAUCAAAUACACCAUGGAGCCGACUGAGAAAGAGAACCUCCGGCAGGCGCUGGAUGAUAUGCGGGAUUUGGCUCAAUGUGUGAACGAAGUCAAGAGGGACAAUGAAACACUGAAACAGAUCACGAAUUUCCAGCUGUCCAUAGAGAACUUGACCCAGUCCUUGGCUCACUUUGGCAGGCCGAAAAUCGACGGAGAGAUCAAGGUCGUGGGUGGAGAGAAACGCUCCAAGAUGGACAGGUACGCUUUCCUCCUGGACAAGGCUCUCUUAAUCUGCAAGCGGAAAGGGGACUCAUUUGAAAUGAAGAAAUUUGUUGACUUGCACAAUUACCAAGUCCGGGAUGACUCUUCUGGUGAGAAAGACAACAAGAAGUGGUGUCAUAUGUUUGUCCUGGUGGAUUCUUAUGGCCCCUCGGGCUACGAACUGUACUUCAAGACACGGGAGCUUAAGAAGAAGUGGCUGGAACAGUUUGAAAUGGCUCUUUCGAAUAUCUACCCUGAAAAUGCCGCUGCCAAUGGACAUCAGUUCCACAUGCACUCCUUUGAGGAGACCACCACCUGCAAGGCCUGCCAGAUGCUGCUCAGGGGCACUUUCUACCAGGGCUACCGCUGCAGCAAAUGUCGGUCGGCGGCGCACAAGGAAUGUCUCGAUCGGGUGUCACCCUGUGGAAAAGCCAGCUCAGAGUCUGGGUCUACGAAAAAGAAUAAACACAACCGGAAUACACAGGACAGAAAAAACCCUGAACUGGGGCUGCCCAAGUUGGAAGCCUGCCAGGGAUAUUUCGGCAUGCCUCCCCCACCCAUGGCGUUUGGUGCCCCGCUGAAGCUCAGCGUAGGAGAUAUUGUGGAAGUAACCAAAGCUGAGGCAGAGCAGCUGUGGUGGCAGGGCAGGAACACGUCCAGCAACGAGUCAGGAUGGUUUCCUUGCAAGAAAGUGAAGCCGUAUGUCUGUACUCCUCCUCCAGAUCUGUCUGUCUUCCUCUGGUAUGCAGGGCCCAUGGAGCGGGCAGAAGCGGAACUGAUCCUGGCCAAUCGUUCAGACGGGACUUUCCUGGUGCGGCAGAGAAUCAAGGAUGCAGCUGAAUUUGCCAUCAGCAUCAAGUUCAACAAUGAAGUCAAGCAUAUCAAAAUCCUGACAGCGGAGGGUUUGUAUCGCAUCACGGACAAGAAGGUCUUUAAGGGACUGACGGAGCUGGUGGAGUUCUACCGGCAGAAUUCCCUGAAGGAUUGCUUCAAGAGCCUCGACACGGUGCUGCAGUUCUCUUUCCAAGAGCCGGAGAGCAGAACAGUGCCCAAGCCGGCAGGUGCAAGCCUGAAGUACUUCGGUUCCGCCAAGGCUCGCUACAAUUACUCUGCCCGAGAUCGUACAGAGUUGUCCCUCAAAGAAGGAGACAUCAUCAAGAUCCUGAACAAGAAAGGGCAUCCCGGAUGGUGGAGGGGGGAGAUCUACGGCCGGGUUGGCUGGUUCCCAGCAAAUUACGUGGAGGAGGAUUAUUCAGAGUAUUGCUGAGGACAUCGGCUGCAUUGAAAAGUGCGCUGCCUCCUGGAAUAGCCGAC